AUGUACACAAAACUUAAUCCUCCAACAUGGGUUAAACAUCAAGGUUUAAUUGAUUGGGUAUCACGUGUAGCAGCGCUACUUCAACCAAAUGAAGUGAUAUUUUGUGAUGGCUCUGAAGAAGAAAAUCAGGAAAUACUGAAUUUACUAGAGAAAAAAGGCACUAUUAAAAAACUAACACCUCGUGAGAAUUCUUGGAUUGCUCUGUCCGAUCCUAAUGACGUUGCACGCGUUGAAAAAAGUACUUACAUUUGCUCAGAAAAUAAGAGUGAUGCAGGGGUAACAAACAAUUGGAUGGCCCCAGAAAAAAUGCGCAAAAAAUUAAUAAAAUUGAUGACUGGCUGCAUGAAGGGUCGAACUAUGUACGUUUUGAUCUUUUCAAUGGCUCCCCCUUCGUCAGCACAUGCUAUUUUAGGUGUAGAACUUACAGAUUCUCCUUAUGUUGCUGCAAGCAUGCGCAUUAUGACAAAAAUGGGUAGGCAUGUUGCUGAAAUACUAGGGAAAAAUGGCAAAUUUGUUGCUUGUGUACAUAGUUUAGGAUAUCCACUCAAAGAGGAGCAACCCGAUGUUCCCUGGCCGUGCAAUACUGCAAAUGCACACAUCGUACAUUUUACUGAAACAAAAGAAAUUUGGUCAUAUGGUUCAGGCUAUGGAGGCAAUGCUUUACUCGGAAAAAAAUGCUUAGCGCUACGCAUAGCUAGUGUGAUUGGAAAACAAAAUAACUGGUUUGCAGAACAUAUGUUAAUUAUGUCUGUUACCAAUCCAAUGGGUGAAAAACAUUACAUCGCUGCAGCAUUUCCAUCGAGCUGCGGUAAAACAAAUCUUGCUAUGCUUAAAACACCAAAAGAAUAUCAAGGUUGGAAAAUUACAACUAUUGGUGAUGAUAUUGCAUGGUUAUAUAUCGACAAACAGGGUCAGCUACGUGCAUUAAAUCCAGAAUCUGGUUUUUUUGGUGUUGCACCAGGAACUUCAGAAGAAUCUAAUCCACAUGCAAUGGCAACAUUAAGCCAUAAUGUCAUUUUCACGAAUACAGCAUUAACAAAAGAUAAUGAUGUUUGGUGGGAAGGUUUAACUGAUCAACCCCCUGAAAAUCUAUUGAAUUGGCUAGGUGAAAUCUGGGAUCCUCAAUCAAACACAAAAGCGGCUCACCCUAAUGCACGUUUUACAGUAGAUGCCUCACAGUGUCCAUCUAUUGAUCCUGAAUGGGAUUCUGGGGAAGGUGUUCCCAUCUCUGCGAUUAUUUUUGGUGGACGCCGCCCAACAACUAUCCCUCUUGUUUUCAAAAAUAAAGAAUGGAAGUACGGUAUCUACAUGGGUGCAACAAUGGGGUCUGCAAGAACCGCUGCUGCAGAAGGUGAGAUCGGUGUCAUUCAGAGAGAUCCUUUCGCAAUGAAACCAUUUUGUGGAUAUAAUAUCAAUGAUUACUUAAAAAAAUGGCUAUCACUUGAAAAAAAACUAAAAGUUGCACCUCCCAUCUAUUGUGUUAAUUGGUUUCGAUGUGACCAAAAUCAUAAUUUUCUUUGGCCGGGAUUUAGUGAAAAUAUUCGUGUAUUAGAAUGGAUAAUCAAAGAGUUAAAAAAUGAAAUAACAACUGAUUCUAAUAACACCCCCUUUGGAAUACAACCAACAUAUAAUAAUUUAAAUCUGGAUGGUUUAAAUAUUAACGAAAAGCAAUUUGAUGAGCUUAUGCAAAUUUGCCCUGAAGAGUUUUUAGAAGAAAUAAAGGAUCACAAA